CCAUCAGAUUCUAGAAACGCGUUAAUCUAAUCGCAACCCCUUCCUUUUAAAGAAACCGCCUCCAUCUGCAACUUUAUCUCACUAGCUUCUUGCAACACUGUUACACUUCAUUAUUGUCUUUCAAGUUUCAACAUAUCCCAUCUUAGAGAACUGAAAAGAGCUUAAGAGUUCUUUAUAAAGGUAAUUAGUUCAAUUAUUAGCAAAUAGCAAUGGAAGACGUUGGUUCUGCAUCAACCUCGAGGACUUCAAAUCAUCAUCAGAAGAAUAAGAACUCGUUGUUCUCUCGCAUGAAGAGGGGUUGCUUAUAUUUUGCAGUUUCGGUAGAAGAAAGUUUUAGAUAUGUAAAAGCCUUCUUCGUGGGUCAGUCAAAGGUAAUUACAGCAAGAAAUGAGAAGGAAGCAAGUGCAGCUGAACUUGAGGCUACAAAGAUGCAGGUUGAGGCUGCUGAUGCCGCUGAAGCAACCAAGAACAAACUCAAUACAACAACUUAAUUUUUCGUUUUCUCUACAUACUAUUCACUUUAAAUAGCGUAAGGGAUAUAUUUUUUUUUUCUUUUGAUAAACAUGAAAUGUACAAUAUUUGAGGAUUUAAUGUCUAACUGUAUAAUUAGAAAUGCGAUUUAGUAGUUAAUAAUUAUUCAGCUACCAA